AUGUUUCAAGAUUUUUCAAGUCGAUUCUCAACAUAUUUUUCUUGGAUAUUAACGGCUUCCCUACUAUCUCAGCCUUAUGAUUAUUUUGACUUUGUUAACACCUUUGAGCUCGACAAAAGACGCGCUAAUACUGCUUACUUGAAUACCAUGAAGGCAGCUCUGUCUUCUAAAAAAGGAGACAAGAAGCUCUUGAUCGCCAAAGUGAUCAAUGACUUCAAUGUAAUCAGACGCUCUGCUACAACUAUCUACAAUAUCCUCUAA